AUGAAAAUAAUAGUUUUUCAACUGUUAUCAGUGAGACACAAGGUAGGUACACCUUAUCAUCCACAGACAAACGGGCAAGGUGAGGUUUCCAAUAGGAAGAUAAGAAGGAUUCUAGAAAAGACAGUUGCUUCAUCAAGAAAGGAUUGGUCUCAAAGGUUAGAUGAUGCUCUUUGGGCAUAUAGAACUGCAAUGAAGACAACUAUUAUAUUAUCUCCUUUCCAAAUGGUCUAUGGAAAGGCAUGUCACUUUCCGGUGAAGAUGGAAAAUCAACCUUUGUGGGCCUUAAAAUUCUUCAAUUUUGAUCCUUGUGACACUGCAGAAAAGAGGAGAAGGAAAAUUAUUGAGCUUGAGGACAUGCGGCUGCAUGCCUAUGAUUCUUCAAAGAACUACAAAGAAAAGUUGAAGUCCAAGUGGUCUAGUCCAUUUAUGAUCAAGAAUGUCCUUCCACAUCGAGCAAUUGAGUUGACAGAUCCAGCCUCUGAAGACCUACAAAGAAGUUGGGUCGUCAAUGGACAACUUCUCAAGCGUUAUUUGGGUGGUGAGGUACAACGCCUUUCCACAAUCAUGGAGUUGGUUGAUCCAGAUUGA